AUGGAAGCAGCUGCAAAGGAACUGACCAAAGCUCUAACAAAAAACACCAACAAUCCAAUAUUAGCAUGGCAAAUUUUCAAACGCAUGACUUCAAAUCCCAAUUUCCCAUCCAAUUCAUUCAAUCAAUCAAUCCCUCUUCUCACCAAAAUCUUAAUAAAUGCCAAAAUGUUCACCCAAAUCAACACCCUUCAUCAACUCGUUCUCUCAAAUUCACCCGAUUUUUCGGGUUUGCUCAUCCGGGCUAUUGCGAAUUCGGGUCAUUUCAAUCUUGCUGUUUCCCAAUUGCAAGCUUUUCGAUCACUUCACCCGAAUAAGCCUCUACCCGUUUCGUUGUAUAAUGUACUUAUAAGGUUGUCGAUUCAGGAAAAUGACACGGGAUGUGUUCGGAUGUUGUAUAAGGAUAUGGUUGUGUGCAGAGUUGCUCCAGAUACUUAUACUUUUAAUCUUUUGAUUGGCGGAUUAUGUGAUUCGGGUUGUUUAGAUGAUGCACGUAAGGUGUUUGAUAAAAUGUCUGACAGAGGGUGUCGGGUUAACGAGUUUACGUUUGGGAUUUUGGUUCGUGGGUAUUGUAGAGCUGGACGUGCUAGUGAAAGUUUGGAGCUUUUAGAGGUGAUGAGGAGUAUGGAGGCUGUCCCGAAUAUUGUUGUUUAUAAUACGUUAGUUUCCGCUUUUUGUAAGGAAGGUAAGACUGAUGAAGCGGAGAAGUUGGUUGAGAGGAUGCGAGAGGAUGGGCUUGUUCCGAACGUGGUUACUUUUAAUUCCAGAAUUUCGGGUCUAUGUAGGUCGGGGAAAGUUUUGGAGGCUUCGAGGAUCUUUAGAGAUAUGCAAGUUGAUAAGGAUUUAGGGUUGCCACAGCCGGAUAUUAUAACUUACAAUUUGAUGCUCGAAGGAUUUUGCAAGGAAGGAAUGAUGGAGGAAGUGAAGACACUGAUUGAAUGUAUGAAGGAAAUCGGUGUUGAUUUGGGAGUAGAAAGUUAUAAUAUAUGGUUGUUGGGUUUGCUGAGAAAUGGACUGGUUUUGGAGGCACAAGCUGUUCUUGAUGAGAUGACAGAAAAGGGUUUGCAUCCGACCAUUGUUUCGUACAAUACCCUGAUGGAUGGUUUAUGCAAGAACGGUAUGUUACGUGAUGCAAAAAUGGUCAUGAGUUUAAUGAAAAGUUGUGGAGUGGUUCCUGAUGUGGUCUCUUAUAGCAUCCUCAUUCAUGGCUACUGUAAAAAAGGUAAUAUCAGUGAAGCUAAUAAUAUUCUACGUAAUAUGAUCGCAAAUGGCUGUUUUCCCAAUAAUUACACUUGCAACAGCUUGCUUAAGAGCCUUUGGAAAGAGGGGAAAGUAGUAGAGGCAGAGGAGUUGCUGAAUAAAAUGAAAGAAGGGGGUUAUGCCUUGGAUAUGGUGACCUAUAAUAUCGUUCUUGAUGGACUAUGUAAAGCUGGUAAAGUGGACAGAGCAAUUGAAACCAUGCAUGAAUUGUGGAAUCAAGAGAGUGAUGCUCCUGGUGCCGUAGGUGAUUCAUAUAUCGGCUUUGACAAUGAUAACAAUAAGAAUAGUUGUAAACCUGACUUAAUUACUUAUUCGACUAUUAUUAAUGCGUUAUGCAAGGAUGGGAAGCUUGAUGAAGCCAAAAAGAAGCUUGUAGAAAUGAUAGGGAGAAAUAUAUACCCAGAUUCAAUUAUUUACGAUAUUUUUGUAUACAAUCUAUGUAAAAUGGGAAAGGUAUCUUCUGCAUUUCGGGUUCUCAAGGACAUGGAGAAAAAAGGAUACAACAAGAGCUUACAAACAUACAACUCUUUAAUCCUUGGUUUAGGAAUGAAGAGUCAAUUCUUCGAAAUGUAUGGGUUGAUGGAUGAAAUGAAAGAAAGAGGUAUCUCUCCUAACGUUUUUACGUACAACAAUAUGAUAAGAUGUUUAUGUGAGUCGGGGCAAAUUGAUGAUGCCACUAAACUAUUGGAUGAAAUGUUGACUAAUGGUGUAUCUCCAAACAUUUCGACCUUUAAAUUAUUAAUCAGACCUCUAUGCCAGAUAGGAGAGUUCAGACCAGCCCAGGAUGUAUUUGAUAUAGCAGUAAGUAUAUUUGGUCAUAAGGAAGUUCUGUAUAGCUUCAUGUUCAAUGAGUUAGUUGCUGGAGAAGAGCUAUUGGAAGCAAAGGACGUUUUCAUGUCCUCAUUGGAUAGGUGUUUUGACAUUGGGAACUUUAUAUACCAAGAUUUCAUUGGUAGACUCUGCAAGGCUGAAAUGAUUGAAUGUGCCAGCAUUGUUCUCAGGAAAAUGAUUAAAACAGGAUACUCAUUUGAACCUGCUUCAUUUAUGCCAGUAAUUGAUGGCUUGCGCCUGACAGGAAAUAAUCCGGAAGCUGAUGAAUUUGCUCAGUGGAUGCUUGAUAUGGGAUCAGAGCCUAAGGUUACAAAUAAAAUUAACCAAAAUGCUAGGGUGUUUACCCGCAGAAAACCUGCAAACAACAAAGAAAACAAUUGGCAGAGCAUACUGCACAGAGAUGAUGGCAGUGGUUCCGCUAUGAAAAUUGUGAAUAAGUUACAGAAAGGAUGGGGUCAUGCAAGAAUAUCAAAUUUGCAGUCCCCCGAGUAUGACUUAUUUGAUAGCUGAGAGAGUAUUGAUAUAAAAUUUUCCAGACACUAGUUAUUUGUCUUAUGUAUCCAUUUAAAUCAGGGCUAAAUUUUAAGGUUACAGCCUGUAACUUUUUAUGGGAGGAAACUGCUACAAGAGCACUGUGGUGUCUUAAAAGUCUGGAAAGUUGUAUAAUAAAGAUGUUUGUGCAUCUACAGAUUAAAGUGCUCAAGUUGUUCAUCUACAAUAAUGUCAAGGCCGUUCAGCCAAUCAAAGCUAUUCAGAAACAACAAACCAUGUGUUCAAUUGGUGGUCACGUAUUUGCCAAAUCUGACAUCGAAUCUGUUGGAGAGGCAAGUAAAAUUCGUAGCUGCCAUUACAUUUUACCUGUGAGUUAAGUGACGAUCACCUCUCCAUAAUGACCUACAUUGAAGAGGUAGAAUAUCUCCAAUGAUGCUAUACUAAUCUAAUGGUAAAUCAAGCAUACUAAACUAUAUCUGUUAAUCCCUAUUUAUAGAGCUAUGUAAUUAUGGAUAUAUUAUAGUUAUUAGUAACUGAAUCAUUGUAGUACCAUUGCCAUUAUACUGUUUUUGGUGUUGUUAUGUAUGGGUUUAACAGUACCAUCAGAGCAAACUGGCACAGCUGAAUUGACUACUACGUAAAUGCAUAAUCGUUGGGGGUAGGCGAUCAAAAACUGCUAGAACAUGUGGCAGAAGGAAGUGGGAGAAAAUAUGAAAUCUGAAUUCUUGUGUUAUUCUUCUUUACUGAUUUUCGAUAUAACUUAGGUAAAAUCUAGUGUAUGCAAUAAAAGCAACCAGAAUGGUAUUUAAUCUGACAAUAAUAUAUUUACAGGGUUCGAGUUUCGACAUAGUCACUGUCAGGGAGUAAAAGAAAACGAAAUAGAAGCAGAGAAGUAUAUGGAGGUACAGAGAACUCAUGCGACGGUUGUUACGGCUACUAGAAGUCUAGAACUUGUCCGUGUGUUUCCAGAAUUCCAGCUCAUUUUUGCAUGUGGGGAGACAACUAAAAGCUAGGGUAGCUCUUGCAUAGAAUGGAAAGAGUAGCGCUUUCGUAUCAGAUGUAGCAACCUCAAGGUAUUGAAUUUGAGAUCUUAGCAUCACGCGCUCCUGUGGUGGCAAAGGCAAAUGUGACACUGGUAUUUGAUCCUCAACUUGCUUAUAUUCAAAUAAGAUUUGGUGAGCUUCGGUGUAUCCAUUAGAUUUGAUUCAGAUUUCCAAGAUAUGUUAGAGGUGCACAUUGAUUUUAUGCUAGAAAGACGAUAUAUAUAUAUAUAUAUAUAUAUAUGUUAUGUUUCUUUCAUACAAGAAUCUUUAUCUAGUAUCCAACAAUAAAACGAAUGCAUUUUGUACUUUC